AUGGCACUCCUUACUUUCAUCCUAGUAGCUACAUUUCUAAGUGCAUAUGCACUAUACAAAUACUUGGAAUCAUGUCGCCAUAACAAAGUUCCAACGAGUCUGAAGCCACUCCCUGGGCCAAAAGGCUACCCAAUUAUCGGCUCAAUACCUGACGUACCAGAAAAAAAUGGGUUCAUCAAGUUCGCAGACUGGGGCAAGGAGUAUGGUCCAAUAUAUCAGUGCAACCUGGCUGGAUCCAACCAUGUCUGGAUUUCAUCAGAGAAUAUCGCCCACGAUCUCCUCUCGAAGAAGGCCGCCAUCUACUCGGACCGACCACACAUUCCCGCAUUGAUCGAUGACAACCGUACUAGCGCACAAUAUCUCCCAUUACUCAGCAGAAAUGAGGGUCAUACCCGUCAAAGGAAAUUCGCCAACGUCAUUAUGCGCGAGUCCGAACAGGCAACAUUCCAUCGGUACCCAGAGCUAGAAGCGAAGCGCAUGCUUGUCGAGCUGCUCGCGGAGCCUGAUCAGUAUAAUCACGCGCUCGAAUCCUUUAUUGCUCGCAUUACAUCCCGCCUAGCCUGGGGCCAUGCCGAAGCUAGUGACGAACUCAAACAGCGUGCGCGCGAACUUCUGGUCGGCGUCUCACCAACUGGCGCUCUGGGCAACAAGCUGCCUUUCUUAAUGGCACUGCCUGACUGGAUGUCGCCGGCCAAGUCAUGGGAGAAGCGACGAGCUAAGACUGAGCGAACAUUCUUCCAGACCAUGCAGGCACAGGUUGAGAGAGACAUACAAGAGAAGACUGCACCAGCUUCGUGGAUGAAGACCUUCCUCACGCAUGGAGCCAGCAAGUUCGGCUUCAAGUCUGAUCUCGAGGGUGCCUACGCCGUUGGCAUGCAUGGUAUUGCCGGUGCUCUGACAAUUGCCGCGCCGAUGCAGUCUUUCUGUCUAGCCAUGUCGCACUACCCACAAUACCUCUCGAUGCUACAAGAAGAAAUUGAUCGUGUCUGUGGCGACAGACUCCCCAUCGCUGAGGACCGCCCUAACAUGCCAAUGCUUCGCGCAAUUAUUCGCGAGCUGAUCCGCUGGCGACCACCGGUGCCCACUGGCAUCCCUCACUAUCUGACACAGGAUGACGAGUACGAUGGGUUCCAUAUUCCUAAGGGUAGCACAAUCCACCCGCUUGAAUGGGCAAUCUCUCGUGACCCGGAAGUCUAUCCUGAUCCCGAAACCUUCAAUCCACUGCGAUGGCUAAAGCCUGAGUUCCCAACAUAUAAAGAGCCUCUUACUCAAUUUCCUACCAUCAUCAACUCAUCCCAGUUUGGCUAUGGACGACGUGUCUGCCAAGGGCAAGCAGUGGCAGACGAAGACAUGUUCAUCGGUAUUGGAUCCAUUGCAUGGCUGUUCAAUAUCUCGAAAUACUCGCAGGACAAGUCGAAGCCAUCCGUACCUGAGAAGCCCAAGCAGCUUGUUGACAUGAACAAGAAACGCACAAUCUCAAACGAGGAGCUCAACUCCGGCCUCACAUCCACGAAUCUGAUCUCAGAAAAAGCCAGCCUCGAGCUUGCGCGAUCCACUCGACCAUUCCCACCAGGUCACAGACCCAUCGAAUGGGGUGAUGCGUCUCAGAAGCCCGAGGACCCAACGCUUGACUACUCUAUCUUACUCAUCGCAAAGCCUAUUCCUUUCCAAUUCGACUUGGAGCCUCGUGAUGGGACAAGAGCGAACAAAAUCCGGGAGCUGUUUGCCGAGGGCCUCGAAAAGGGUCAAUACACCGUGCCUCGCGAAUACUGGGGCCCGAACCAAGGAAGAGGCGAGUCCUUGGGAUGGAGCAAGGUAUGA